AUGGCAGAGCAGACGGAGAGAGGCGGCCGCGUGUUGAGUAUCCAGUCGCACGUCGUCCAAGGAUACGUUGGUAACAAGAGUGCCGUGCUUCCGCUGCAGCUCCUGGGCAUGGAUGUUGACCCUAUCAAUAGCGUGCAGUUUUCCAACCAUGCUGGCUCACAAGCAGGUCGCGGGUCGCCGUCUCACAGGCGAAGAGCUACACGACCUUCUGGACGGCAUGGCGGCUAA